UACUGUGCAUGCUGUGAUUGGUCACAGCUUGUCACAUGGUACAAGGAUGUUGUGAAUAGCCUUGUACCAUAUGACCUCUGUGAUCAUUCAUGAUUUGACAAGUAGUAAGCAAUGAUGUCAGGAAAUGACAUCUUGUUUACUACCAUUCAUGUGAUCACCGAUUGGCCAAUCAGUGAUCACAUGAAUUGGGACCUCACACAGAGGUCCUGUACAGCAAUCUGGGCACCGAUCGUGGUGCUGCGCGAGCGUCCACUCGCAUCGCUGUGCGCGCUCCCUGGGAGCGCGCAACACUGCGAUCCGGUGCCCGCUGUGUCCUCCGGACUCAGUGAAACACCGAUCGUCGGACGGGACCUCUGUAUGAGG